UUGGCUUUCUUGGUUUAUUGUUACCUUUGUGAUGUUUAUGGUUCCUGCUACAGUAAUUGCGAUAAUGAUGAAGUGCUUUAUGUGCCCUAACAGCAACAUAUUAGUCUUGUGGGUCAUAUUUGUCGUUUACAUAUUGUAUCUAAUAAGCCGCACCUUUGUGGUCUCCGCCAUUUUUAGCAAUUCAUUUAUGGCCAUGAUUGUCCUAUGUAGUCUGAAUCUCGUUAGCUUUAUGCCCUUCUUCAUGAGCUUUGGAAUGCAUCCCAGUAUUGGCAAGUCUGUCGGCACUGCCAUGUGUAUAAAUAGCGCAAUGUCCUUAAUAAUUUAUCAGAUACUUCGAUUUGAGAUUAUUGACCAGGGAGUCCAAUGGGACAAUAUGUUUCGAUGCGCUCAUCCUGAGGAUGUCCUAAGCUAUGGCAGCAUAAUGCUGAUUAUGAUAUUUAGCAGCCUCAUUUGUUUAGUGCUCUGUUUGUAUUUGGAUCAGCUAAGACCUGGCGGAUUUCGUGCUCCCAAAAAGUGGAACUUCCCCUUCAAUCGCCAAUUCUAUUGUCCCUCGCGUCAAUCCGAAGGCAAUCCAAAUGAAGAUGAGCAGGCAACGAGCAGUUUUAGGAACCAAAAUACCCUAGCAUUUGAGGAGGUGGACAAUGGCAAUGCCGUUAUUAUCGACUGCCAAAAUUUGAGUAAGACUUUCGGACCGAAGCUGGCUGUUCGCAAUUUCAGCCUUAAGUUGUAUGAGAACGAACUAACUGUGCUACUCGGACACAAUGGAGCCGGCAAGACGGCUAUAUUAAUGAUGAUGGCUGGACUGUAUACGCCCACCUCCGGCCGGGUCCUGAUCAAUGGCAACGACAUGGCCGUGUCACCACAAAGAGCCCGCAAGAAUAUUUGCAUUUGUUCGCAGCAAAACAUUUUCUUCGAGGAACUCAGCGCCUUUUGGCAUAUUUACUUUUAUAGCCGUCUUAAGGGUCUGUCGAGUUACAAUGCUGAACAGGAGGCGUAUUCCUAUCUAUAUAAAAUAAAUUUAAAACACAAGGCAAGGACGAAGGUCAGGAAUCUGUCGAUUGACAUGAGGCGCAAACUCUCGCUGUGCUGUGCCCUCUGUGCUGGCACCAAGGUGAUACUUGUCGAUGAUCCCAGCGCUAACCUGGAUCCAUCUGCCUGUCGAGAUGUGUGGGAUCUGCUGCGAACGGAGAAGGAAGGACGCUGCAUCCUCGUGAAUACCUACAGCGUCAAUGCCGCCGAGGUGCUAGGAGAUCGUAUCGGCAUUAUUUCUGCCGGCGAACUUAUAGGUUAUGGCACAUCAGAUUUUCUAAUAAAUAAUCUUGGACCUGGUUAUCGUCUGGUCUGUGUGCAGCUCCCCAAUUGCCGAGAAGCGAGCGUCACAACAUAUCUCCAAAGUAAAAUGGGGGAUGUUCGGCUAGAGGGCAUUUUGGGCUCUGAUAUUGUUUAUCGCCUGCCUGUGGCGAAGAUAUCAAAAUAUUCAAGACUUUUUCGGUCCCUAGAGAAGAAACUGGAUGCAUUAAAGCUGGUCAGUUUUGGAGUCGGUGCACCAACGAUGGAUGAAACUUUCUCAAAGAUUGGCGCUGAUAAAGUCGAUCAAUCGCAAGCUGUUCGCGCCGGUACAUCGGAUGAAUGGGUGCAGCAAGGCAUAAAGAUUCAGGAGACAAGUAAAAAGCAAAGAUGCCUUAACGAAUGGCACGGCAUGCUCAUUAAGAAGAUGCUCUACACACGCCACAAUCUAAUCCUUCUUGUGUGCCUAAUCAUACUCCCGAUGAUUGUCGCAGUGUUAAAUUUAAUGUUUGAUUUACUGGACAAAGGUGAAACUACAGAGAUUCAAUCGUUCUCCAACUUGGCAGUGUAUCCCAACCCGACUGUAGUAAGGGACAUUCAACGCACAUACCAUGAAACAAAUGCAAGUGAAAUUCUUGAUGAUCGCAGCCUAGAAAGUGCAGCCGAAUAUGAUAAAGCUGUCAUGUUGGCAGGUGCCACAAUGCUCGGCAUUCGAGAUGGUGUGGAGGAAUACUUGCUAGAUAAAAUUGAGUUGAAUGAGGAAGGUUUUACGAAAACCUUUGUUGCUGCAGCCACAUUUCGACAGGGCUCUGUCACGGCCUGGUAUAACCGUCGAUUGACUCACGGACAGCCGACGACAUUGAGCCUGAUCUAUAAAGCGAUUGGAAGCGUCCUGGCAAGUGUUGACAUUGAGAUAACCAAUAAGCCGCGGGCCAGCUCGGAUUUGGUUUUGCGUGCGAGAGAUUUGAACAUUAGUGACAAAAAAUAUGCCGCUUUUAUCAUGGUCUAUUUGGGCAUUGCCAUGGCAACAUAUAUCAUUCUACCGAUCCAGGAGAGAAUUUCGCAAAUGACACAACAGCAGUUCCUUUCCGGCAUCAGUUUGUAUACAUAUUGGCUGUCGCAUCUGUUAUGGGACUAUUUAAUAUUUCUUAUCCUGGCACUCUCGCUGAUGAUCGCCUUCUAUCAAAAACCUCCUGCAGUGCUUUAUUGGUUAUUAGUUAACCUGUUGGCUUUUGCCUUCGCUGCACUUCCAUUCAUCUAUCUGUUCUCCUUUGCCUUCAAGGUGCCCUACAUUGGCCUGACUAUCAUGGUUUUCUUUAACACUGUAACCGCUAUUCUGUCUAUUAUGACUUAUUAUCAUAGGUCACAUCGAAAGUACUAUAUAUUGCAUCGCAUAUUCCUGUUUGAACCAUUCUAUGCCAUGUACUCGGCUGCAUUACUCACAUUGGAGAACGGGAAUAUGGAACGCUUUCGUAAUUCAUUGAAUGCAGAAGAUUGUCAAAAAGGGUCAUCUAUGUUCGUUGCAUAUACAGAGUUUAUCUGUAUGAUAAUAAGUGGAAUAAUCUUCUUCAGUCUGGUGCUGUUGAUAAGCAAGUUCCAUCAUUUAACAAAAAAUCGAGAGUCGAAUUGUCCAAGUGUAUUGAAUGACGAAGAUGUGAUGGAGGCACGCAAGCAAGUCGAUGAAAUAGUCAAACAACAAGAUCUGCUUAAGAGCUACGGCUUAGUCUGUGAUAGAGUUUCAAAAAAAUUUAAGGACCUGACGUCAGUCAACUGUGUAUCGUUCAAGAUCAGCCCACAUAACUGCUUCGGCUUAUUGGGAAUCAGUGGAGCUGGGAAAACCUGUACUAUUGAUCUGAUCGUUGGCAAUUCGAAGCUAUCUCAAGGGAAUAUCUAUGUCAAGGGAUUCAGCAUGAAGAAACAAAGGAAAAAGUGCUUUGGCCACAUGGGAUACUGUCCUCAACAAAAUACGGUAUUAAUGCAUUAUAUGACUGGCCGAGAAAUGCUAAAGUUUGCAUGCCUUAUAAGGGGUAUCAAAAAAGAAUAUAUAUCCGGCAUAAUAGAAAAUCUGGCUGAGAGUUUUGUGUUCACCAAAAGCCUCGAUCAAAUGAUGGUUCAUUAUAGCAACGGCAUCAAGAGGAAACUAAGCAUUGCAAUUGCGGUGCUAUCGCCAACCCUGAUCUGCCUAGAUGAUCCCAUCACAGAUGUGGAUAUAAGUGCCAAGCAAGAGAUCGCAAAGGUGCUUACUCAAAUGCGCUCCUACGGCAAAUCCAUCCUGAUCACCUCGCAUAACGUGGCCGACUGUGAGAUCCUUUGCUCCUCCCUGGCCUUCAUGGUCAAAGGAAAGCUCCGAUGUAUUGGAACCGCAGAGGAUAUUAAGACUCGUUUUAACAGGGGCAUUUCAAUUAAAAUUCAAUUAGGCACAAUUGAGGAAAUGGACGAGAUCAAAACUGCAUUAAUCAACUUAAGCAGCGGCCCAAGCAACCGGUCAUCGGAUAAUAAAGGACAGAGGCAAAGUACAGAAACAAAAAGUGAUUUUGAUGAUGUAUCGCCAACGGAAAAGGCAGUACAAGUAAAAAUUAAGAGAAAAAAUAAAAAAUCACUAGCCCUAAGUCCAAAAGAAUCCUUACAACAAGAUACAGUUGAAUCUUCAGGAAGAGGUACAUUAGUAAUUAAGCGUCGAAAAACUUCGGUAACAGGAAAAAGGACAACUAUUGGAGUAUCGCAUAUAGGAAGCAGUGUACUCAACGUAUAUGUUACUUCUAACGAUGAAUUUAAUUAUUCUGGCUUACUAAUGGAUGUAGAGAGAAAGUUUAAGGCCGAUUUUCCCAAAAGCUAUGUUAGUGAAUCAUUCACCUAUCGCGGCCUGUUAACAAUCGUAAUACCCAACAAAGAUCUUAAGUGGUCAGAGAUAUUCAGAUAUAUGGAAGAUAAUCGAUUUCGAUUGCAGAUAAAGCAUUACUCGAUAAGUCAAACAACACUCGAGGAUAUAUUUUUGAGCAUUGUACAGAGUAGAGAUUCAAUCAUCUAAUGUUUGAUGUUAGCUACAAAUUUAGCAACUUUCCGACCUAUUUACACCUACAUGGGGGAAAGAAAUCUGUAAAUCGUUCAGCUUACUCUCAUGUAGGUGUAAAUAUGUCUGAUUAAAGUUGAACGAGUAAUAAAACAAACUGAAUAAACCAUCUUAAUACUCUCAAAUAUAAAUGAUUAUAA